AUGUGUGACGAGGAUUGGGAUGCUGAGAUCGACGGAGCGGAAUAUUCACAGACGGUGUACCAACCAACACAAGUGUUGACAAACUCAAAUAGAACACAGCCAAAACAGUGGGAUGCAUGGGAAAACAGCCAGUCAACCAGUUCAAGCGUCAGUGAACGGUCAUGUGGGAGGGGUUUCCAGUCAAGACCAGACAUUGAUAAUUGGAGAAUCCCUAGUAAUGAUAGGGGUUUUGGAAGAGGAGGGCUUGGAAAAGGAGGCUGGGGUUCAAGGGGACAGAAGGAUGAAAGUAGACAGAGUCGAGUGUCAAGAAAUGGAGAGACUUCAGGGGAUACAUUGGUCAUCUUUGUUCAGAAAUCACAUGUUGGAAGAAUAAUUGGAAAACAAGGAUCAAAGAUAAGAGAAUUAAGAAAUGAGACUGGAGCAACAAUUACGGUAUCUAGAAAUGAUAAUGGAAGUGGUGAGAACCAGGUUGAGAUAUCGGGCUCAGAGGAAGAACGCAAUAUGGCAAAAAGGAUGAUUGACAAACUGAUCUCUAGUUCAUUUGGAGCAGAUGGAGGUGGAGGAGGUGGAUUUGGUGGGGGUGGUGAUCGUUCUUGUUAUAGACGUGGAGAGCGUGGUCAUAUAUCCAGAGACUGUCCCUCAGAAUCAUCAAGUGGGCAGCGUUUUGGUGGAUCCAGAGAGGAUACAACGAGCAUGUUUGUCUAUAAUAAUGAUGUUGGAAAAAUCAUAGGUAAAGGUGGGUCAAAGAUCAGAGAGCUGCAGGAGCAAACUGGAGCAAGAAUCAAGGUUUCCAGAGAGGAGAAUGAUGACGGCGAGAACAAAGUGGAUAUACAGGGCUCAGAGGAAGCUCGUAAAAAGGCCAAAGAGAAGAUUGAAGAGCUCAUAAAGCCAUUCAGCACUAUGACCUCAAAAUAUAGCAGUAGCUCUAGUAUUGAUUCAUCACAAGACGCUCAACCUAAGAUCAACUGGGGCAUGAUCCGCUCGCAGCAAGAGGAGUACGCUCGCUUAAAGUUCCUGGGUUUACCAGAUAUAAGGAAAGAAUUUUACAUUGAGGAUCCAGCUGUGUCAAAUAUGUAUCCAGAUGAUGUCAAGAAAUUCAGGAAGGAAAACAAUAACAUUAUAGUGAUGGACCUGAGUAAGGAAGGUGAUCGACGGGUUCCAAAUCCUGUUCAGUCAUUUGAACAUGCUUUUCAGCAUUAUCCUGAAAUACUGGAUACGAUAUAUGCCCAAAAAUUCACAAAGCCAUCCCCUAUUCAGUCGCAGGCCUGGCCGGUCCUUCUACAGGGGAUGGACUUGAUUGGAAUAGCACAGACAGGAACAGGGAAAACUCUAGCAUUCCUGUUACCAGCCUUCAUACAUAUAGACCAACAGCCCAUACCUCGGGAAGAGAGAGGUGGACCCAAUGUACUGGUUCUGUCCCCAACUCGAGAACUUGCCUUACAGAUUGAGGCGGAAGUGAAGAAGUUUCACUACAAAGGAAUCAAGAGUGUUUGCGUGUACGGAGGUGGUAACCGCAGGGAACAGAUAAAUGUCAUUACUAAAGGCGUGGAAAUUAUUGUGGCCACGCCUGGACGCCUCAAUGACCUUAUCAUGAACAACAUUGUGUCAGUCAAGUCAGUCACAUUUCUAAUUCUGGAUGAGGCUGACCGAAUGUUAGAUAUGGGGUUUGAACCAGAAAUCAAAAAAAUUCUUUUGGAUAUCCGUCCUGAUAGACAAACUGUAAUGACGAGCGCUACCUGGCCUGAAGGAGUGCGACGCAUGGCCGACGCUUAUCUCACAGAUCCAUUCCAAGUAUUUGUAGGCUCCUUAGAUCUAGCAGCGGUCCACAGUGUUACACAACUGGUGGAAAUCAUUGAUGAUGAGGAAAAAAAAGACCGGGUUUCCUUCUUUGUACAGCAUGAGAUGGAACCAGACGACAAAGUCAUUAUAUUUGUUGGAAAGAAAGUUCUGGCUGAUGAUCUGUCCAGUGAUUUCUCUCUCAAUGGGAUAGACUGCCAGUGUAUCCAUGGUGACAGAGAACAAUGUGACCGUGAACAAGCUCUGGAGGAUUUUAAAACAGGAUACGUCAAGAUCCUCGUAGCCACAGAUGUAGCCUCACGAGGUUUGGAUGUCAAGGAUAUUACACAUGUUUUCAACUACGACUUUCCUCGUAACAUAGAAGAAUACGUCCACAGAAUUGGCAGAACUGGGAGAGCCGGUAAAACAGGAACAUCGUUGACCUUGAUGACAAGGAAUGACUGGAGGUCAGCACAACUCUUGAUUGACAUUAUGGAAGAAGCCAACCAGGAAAUUCCUCAAGACCUAUAUGAGAUGGCUGAAAGAUAUGAAAGAAUGAAGAAAAAGCGUGAAGAGGAGAGAGCAAGUGGUGGUGGAAGUCGGUUCGGGGGCGACAGGGGAAGGUCAAGAGGUGGUGACGAUGACUUUCUGGGUGGGUACAGUGGAUUUGGUGGAGGAAGACGAGGAGGUGGACGCAGGCGCGAUGACAGAUGUGGAGUGAUCAUAAAUACCUAUGGAAUUGCUUAAUUUGUGACAGCUAAAACCAAAAAUUGAAUAUACCUCACAGAGGGUCCAAGGAAUCCAUGGGACCACAAAGUGCAAAUGUGAUUCAUAUAUGGAAAGAAGUCCUUGUGUUUCAUUUUGUGCCAAUGUAAGCAUGAAGGCUGUUGUUGUUUGUGCUAUAACUCUCGAGAUUUCUUCCAGAUUUUUUGACUGUGGUGACCAUUCUUGUCCCUCAGCACAUUUAGGCACCUCUCCUAUAACCCUACACUUAUAGGAUGUGCAGACAAAGAGCAAUACAAAUGCUAUUGUUUUAGUAUAUUGUA